AUGAUUUGCUGUACUGCGCGGAUUGCUGAGAUUCCCCAACGUAGUGUUAACUCCGUGAUGCAGAUCCGCAGGCCUAUGGUUGAUCGCGCUGUCGUUGCUAGCCUUAAGGAUGAUGACUCUGGUUUCAGCAUGGUUGUUGGCUCAUCUAAGUUUGGCUUCACCAGCUGCUCGCAACCACUUUUUGUUUCUGCAGCAUUUAAAGGAGCUAUUGCAUCGGAGAGGCUUGUUACACAUCGCUGCAUUACAAGAUAG